AGCCAAAAGUCAUAUAUCGAAAAAGAAGUUGGUUUUUCCUUUCUCAGUUCAAGAAGUGGAACUGUAGAAGAAGACAGGUUUAAAGAGAGACAGACAGACAGCCGGCUCCAAAGAAGAAUUUUAAAGCUUACCCAAAUUACUGGAAUUAGAAGACAACUUAUUAGCUUAUUCUCUCUUUGAAGAUCUGAUCUUGAUCAUCUUAAUCUGUUGAUUUCUCCAGGCCAUUGUGGUGAUGGCCUUAGUUUCAUCUACACCAAAUGUUACUAGUUCGAUAAAUUCGGGGCAACAUGGUUGGGAUUUAAAGGGAAACACACCAGCUUCAUUGUUCAGUUUGAAUAAUGUAAAUAUUUGGAAAUCGCGGCGGAGUAAUACAAGGCAAAGGUGUUUGGUUAUUAGAGCUGUUUCUGAAAAUCGUGAUAUUGAUUUUACUGAUCCGAAUUGGAUUAAACAGUAUCAAGAUGAGUUUGGGGAAAGGUUUAAUUUGCCGCAUCUUAGAGAUGUUUUUGAUAUGAAGCCAAUUCCAACUACUUUUUCUUUGAAAAAUAGAGGUCCAAAAUUAGUGGAUGGUGCCAGUAUGCCUGAGGAAAGGAAAAACGGUUAUGUAAAUGAAGAUGAUAGGGCACUUUUAAAGGUUAUCAAGUACUCGUCGCCAACCUCUGCUGGAGCUGAAUGCAUUGAUCCUAAUUGCAGCUGGAUAGAACAAUGGGUGCAUCGUGCCGGGCCACGUGAUAAGAUAUACUUUCAACCUGACAGCGUAAAGGCUGGAAUUGUCACUUGCGGAGGGUUGUGUCCUGGUCUCAAUGAUGUUAUUAGACAGAUAGUUGUUACCCUUGAAAUCUACGGGGUUAAAAACAUUGUUGGGAUCCCAUAUGGCUACCGAGGAUUUUUCAAUAAUGGUUUACAAGAAAUGCCGCUUUCCAGAGAAGUGGUUCAAAACAUUAAUCUUGCUGGUGGAAGUUUACUUGGUGUUUCUCGUGGGGGUGGUAGUACCAGUGACAUUGUAGACAGCAUACAGGCCAGGAGAAUUGAUAUGAUUUUCAUACUCGGCGGGAACGGUACUCAUGCUGGAGCGAAUGCUAUACACAAAGAGUGCCGCAAGAGAAAACUCAAGGUCUCAGUUGUUUGUGUUCCAAAAACAAUUGAUAAUGAUAUACUUCUGAUGGAUAAAACCUUUGGAUUUGAUACUGCUGUAGAAGAGGCUCAGCGAGCAAUCAACUCUGCAUAUAUUGAGGCUCGUAGCGCAUAUCAUGGUGUCGGCUUGGUAAAAUUAAUGGGAAGAAGCAGUGGUUUCAUAGCUAUGCAUGCAUCGCUGUCUAGUGGCCAGAUCGAUAUCUGUUUGAUACCUGAGGUACCCUUUAGUUUGGAAGGACCUUAUGGUGUAUUACGUCAUUUGGAACAUCUAAUACAGACAAAAGGUUCAGCUGUCGUUUGUGUAGCUGAAGGAGCUGGGCAAGAUUUGUUGCAAAAGUCAGGUGCAACAGAUGCAUCAGGGUAUGUGGUUUUAGGAGAUAUUGGAGUUCAUAUCCAACAACAGAUUAAAAAACACUUCAAGGGAGUAGAUGUUCCAGUAGAUGUCAAAUACAUUGAUCCGACAUAUAUGAUCCGAGCGUGUCGAGCAAAUGCCUCUGAUGCUAUUCUUUGCACUGUUCUUGGCCAGAAUGCAGUCCAUGGUGCGUUUGCGGGUUACAGUGGUAUUACAGUUGGAAUAUGCAACACCCACUAUGUUAACCUUCCAAUUCCAGAAGUAAUCACAUCUCCAAGAUUUGUAGAUCCAAACAGCCGGAUGUGGCAUCGUUGUCUAACCUCCACCGGCCAGCCUGACUUUCUAUAAUUUAUAUAAAAGCAGAAGCAUAAUAUUCCUUGUCUCAACUUUCAGUUGAUGUAAAGAAUUGCAGGACCGGGACUGUGCAAAAGCUUCCAAACCGCCAUUCCUAGACCCUCAGUUGGAAUUUCCUUUCGCUUUUACUAAUAAUUAGGUCUGUAUGUUAAUUUGUCCGUUCUGCAAACAACCCCUGUAUUGGGCCAUUAUGGGAAAAGAUUAAGGAAUCAAUUUUUACCUGUAAGGAUGAUAUCUUCAGUUUCAUUUCUGAGCAUCCUGAAAAUAAGUUCAAUACCAUUUUGUCUUUCAAUCUUGCUACUGCAGUUGAAUUUGCAUGCUCUUCUUACACCAA